AUGGAACCUCAGUUGAUGUGUUGUGAGGGAAACAGGCCUGCCAUCCGGAGGGCCUACCGGGACUCCAACCUGUUGACUGACCGGGUCCUGCACGCUCUGCUGCGUGCAGAGGACAAGUAUCUACCCGCUUCCAACUACUUCAAAUGCGUCCAGCGAGAAAUAGCUCCCUACAUGAGGAGGAUAGUGGCUACCUGGAUGCUGGAGGUGUGUGAGGAGCAGAAGUGUGAGGAGGAGGUUUUCCCUCUGGCAAUGAACUACAUGGACCGCUUCCUGUCAGUAGAACCCACAAAGAAGAACCACUUGCAGUUACUGGGAGCUGCCUGCAUGUUCCUUGCAUCCAAACUGAAGGAGACAAUCCCACUCACUGCUGAGAAACUCUGUAUCUACACAGACAACUCUGUCAGACCAACUCAGCUGCUGCAAAUGGAACUGCUGGUUUUGAACAAGCUGAAGUGGGACCUGGCUUCAGUAACUCCUCUAGACUUCAUUGACCACUUCCUAUCUCAGCUGCCUAUCAGGAGAGAGAACAGACCCAUACUGAGGAAGCAUGCUCAGACCUUUGUGGCACUGUGUGCGACAGAUGUUAAGUUCAUAGCUAGCCCUCCAUCCAUGGUAGCAGCAGGCAGCAUGGUGGCAGCAGUGGAGGGCUUACAGAUGAGAAUGGUGGGCAAUGCCUUGAUGUCUCAGAAACUGACAGAGCAGCUGGCACAGACCAUCAAGAGUGACCCGGACUGUCUCAGGGCGUGUCAGGAACAAAUCGAGUCGCUGCUGGAAACCAGUCUCAGACAGGCACAACAACAGCAACACUCGGUUACCAUGGAAGUUAAGAACGUCAGUGAGGGGCAGGACCUCUCAACGACACCCACAGAUGUCCGGGAUGUAAACAUCUGAUUGAGGACUGCCAAUCAUGAUACUGGAUGAAAAAACAGAAGCAGGUUGAACGGAUGAAGUCAUUUUUGACACACGCAUACAAAGACAUAUGGCUUUGUUUUACAUAAUGAAAUGUGUGUGUUUUAGAGUGCUCAGAAGUGACUGAACUCUUUGUAUCACAACUGUGAAUAUGAUUCCAGUUUGAACUGUUGCGGGGACCAAAUGGAGAUGCUGACUAAACACAAUCAUAUCCAGGACAUUGUCACAUUUAAGACUGGAAUUCAGCAGCCACUGAAGAAAUGGUUGAUAGACUAAUGUGUGUUAGUGUGGCUUUUUGCCUGUGGGUAACAGUGGUAUGCACCUCCCAAGGUGUUGUUUCAAGACCUAAUAGGCCAGUAUGAACCGUUGCCUCCUCACAAAUUCUAACUCUGGCCUCAGAGACUGAUGGGGAUUGGUGCAUAAAUUCAUUCCUGGGCCUGUAUUCAUCAAACAUUUAGGAAUUACACUAAGAAUACUCCAAAGAGCCAGCUUGGAAGGAGUAAAAACAUUCUUUGCUAAAACUGAGCUUUAAGACAGAUUUGUUAAGUCACGCUUACUGACAAUGAAGUGUUAAAGCAAGCAGCUUACUGGCUCAAGUGAACGUCAAAUGCACGUCAGUUGAAAGUAGUCACUUAAAAUAAGUGUCCCUGAAUUAUACUUACCUACUGCAUUAAAAAUUUUGCAGACAUCAAAGACCCUUACAGGCUACUCCUUUAAGGACCUUUUGAGACCUUUAAUUUCAGAAUUUCAUUUGAAAUAUGAAAAAUGGCUUGUAUUUAAAUUUAUGAAUUAAGGUGAAGGAUUGUAAAUAUCUUUCACUUUUAGUCAUUUGACUAAUACAGUUCCUGGCUCAUGUAUUAAGUUUUUCCUCACCAGUUGUCCUCAAACAGACAAUAAAAUGGUAUGAACCAGGAGUAAAGUUGUGUGAUAUAGUUUACAUUAUGAACUGCAAUGUUUUGCUUCAAGACAUAAUGGACAUCUUGCAGAAAAUGGUAUCCAAAUACAAUGGGUGAGAUGAGACGACAUCUGUUACCUUCUGAGGUUUAAUUUGAAUCCAAAAAGCACACAUGGUUGUGUGGCAUUAACUGAUAAAAUAUACCUAUUUUUUGGCAGCCAUUGUAAGUUCUAAUCACUUAGCACAAAGUGUAGGCUGUUGUGAAUCCAAACUGAAACCUUUGUUCUAAUGUGAUGCAAUGUAGUGCACAGUUUCUGCCACAAGAGGGAAGUCAGUCAGUGGGAUGUAGUGACUGCCAAAUAUCAGUUUUGGAUUUGUCAGUUAGACAAUGAACCCCAGCACCGUCUGAUCAAAAGCACCAGUCUUUGACAUGAAUUUCAUCAGCUGUGUCGCGUCAUAUUAAAAUGUCAUAUUUCCUGUGUGCAUUUGAAACAAAAAAUCAGUAACUGUUGAAAGUGGGAAGGCUGAAUCCAAAUUUUGUUCAAAGUUUAAAAAUGACUUGAAACCUUUUUUUUUUCAACAUCACACACAGAAGGUCUUUCUGUACCUCAAAAAAGUGAUGAAGCUGUCCUAAUUUUGUGAGGUAGGAUUAAGUGUACAGCUUUAUUUUGCUUCUGAUAUUUAUUAUUUAUCAUUUUAUUUUUACAGUAACUUUACAGCUAAAAUUCACUGUAUUCUAAAGAAGAGGAAGGUAUGUCAAAGAGUGCUUUUCUGGAUUGUGCUGCUCACAGCCAUGUUGUUGUAGUCUACCUACACAGUGGUAUGAAUACUGUUUUUGUAUAAGAAACUGCCCUCAACAUUAGCAUGAAUCAGGUGCCCUCUGUUGGGCUGCUUUUGUUUUAGGACAGAGCGUAAAUAUGAAUUAAAGGAAGAUUAAUGAAA